AUGCCCGUCCAGCCCAAGUCCAAGAUCACCGUCGCCGGUACUCGCGCCCAGGUCCAAGCCCUCCUCGCCCACUCCCUCUCCCCUGACAACAAGCGCAACUUCCUCGAGACGGUCGAGUUGCAAUUCGGCCUCACCAACUACGACCCCGCCCGCGACAAGCGCUUCUCCGGCUCUGUCAAGCUUCCCUCGCCGACCAGCACGACCUCGGUCUACGAUGCGUUUGUCUGCUCGGAUACCAAGGUUCGGGAGAUCUCCAGGGUUUUGGGACCGGGCUUGUCAAAGGCCGACAAGUUCCCUACAACGGUUUCGCACAGCGAGGACCUCGCGGAGAAGAUAAUCAACGUCAAGUCCACCAUCAGGUUCAGGCUGCGCAAGAACCUCUGCAUUGCCAUGGCCAUUGGUAAUGUGGACAUGACCACGGAGCAGUUGGUCGCAAACAUCAUGAUCACCAUCAACGACCUGGUGUCAUGCCUCAAGAAGGGAUGGUCCAACGUCAACAGCACUGUCAUCAAGUCGACCAUGUCGCGUCCCCAUUAUCUUCUCUAAGACAAUCAUUUCGCGGCUGCGCUUCUACAUUUUGAGUAAGCACGCCGUGGGGGAAGCACAGGGUAGGCUGGGAAGGAUUUCAGUGUGAAGUGGGCAAGUCUUUGACAGAUUUGAAUGGGGCAUCAGCUUAGCCGCUGUAUGCUUGUCCAGCUAGAGAACAUUUAGCUACUGUAGACAUCCAAUAGACCCAUCUUCAC